CUUUUAUCAGGUUUCUAAUAGGCUAGCCGGUUACCAUUUCCAAAGUGUAUGAUAUGUCGUCUUAACUCCCCCAAUACCCACCGUUAACCUCUAAACUAAAAAGCAACAACAAAAGUCGCAGCAUCCAUGUAAUCGAGCACCUGCACACACUGCAAUUACAGUUGAUCAACGGGAACAUUUGAAAGAUAGAGAUGAAUUGUUUCUUUGGAUUUGGUUUGGAUUUAUCGUCGACCCUUAUUACUUCUCCAGAUCAAGUGUUGCACAUGGUGUAUGUGCGUGUUUUUGUUUUUCUUCCGAUCAUUCCAAAAUCACGACUGACGCCGCCAUUAGUUUCUUCUUCAAUGCCCUUUUCUUCACCGACUCUGAUAAACUUGGCUAGGUCUAUUAAUCGGAUUUGUAAUAACACAUAAACCGUCACAAACAAUGCUUUCUUUUUUCUCUGUUUAUUGGGUAUUUCUAUGUCUUUGUGUGUUUUCCUUGAUGAAAUCGGACAUGGGAGGAGAUACACACGGAUUGGAGAUACAUAGAGAAAGGGAUUGUGAUGUUAGGUUAUGAAGGAGGCUGUAAGAUUUGCCAUUGAUGUCCCAUUAAUGGAGACAGAGGUGUCACCAGAGAAGACACAUGCCUCUGUCGCCGAUUGUACACAUCUCACCCAUGGAAACAAAAUUACUCUUGCUGUGAAAUGUACCAGCAUAAGAGAAGGAGAAGCAUUGAAAUUGAUCAUUCAUAACUUCAUAUCAGUGAUGAAGUCUAAAAAACAUUUGGUAGUCAAAAACAAGAGGCAAAAGAGCAAGAACCCGUUAAAAAGCUUGUUGAUAUAUGUGAUCCAAGAAGGUUUAUAUACUAGAACUUUACCAAAUUUGGAGAAGUGUGAUAGAGAAUGGCUAGUAUAUUCGAAAGAGUUCGAUAAGUGUUAA